GAAUAGUACCAGAUUGAACAAAUCUUACCAUCCCUUUUGAUUCUCUACAUCUUUGACAAAUCGUUUUCCACAUUAAACCCCAUCCAUCUCCCACCCUCUCCUUAAUCUACUCUGGAUCAUGGACAAGGAGCACAACCAAUCGAAUAGUACAAACACGAAUGAUAAUCCUCCAACUUUAGAUGAUAGCGGAGAUAUUGAACCGGCUGAGCUCGUUCUCUUUCAAGUAUCUGAAUGCUACGUUUAUUUGAUACCUCCGAGGAAGACUGCAGCUUCCUACAGGGCGGAUGAAUGGGAUAUAAACAAAUGGGCUUGGGAGGGAACAAUGAAAGUAGUAAGCAAGGGAGAGGAGUGUAUUAUCAGACUUGAAGACAAGACAUCAGGUGAACUCUAUGCUCGGGCUUUUCUAAGAGAUGGAGAACCUCAUCCUGUGGAGCCUGUUAUUGAUAGCAGCCGAUAUUUUGUUCUACGUGUGGAAGAGAACAUUGGUGGCCGCCUUCGACAUGCCUUUAUUGGCAUAGGAUUUCGAGAAAGACCUCAAGCUUAUGAUUUCCAAGCUGCUCUGCAUGAUCAUAUGAAGUAUCUUAAUAAGAAGAAAACUGCUGAAGAGAUGGAACAACAGUUCCAGCAUACUUCUUCAGUUGAUUACAGUUUAAAAGAUGGUGAAACUCUAGUGCUUCAACUUAAGAACAAAGGUGGUCGAAGCGUGAGGUCCAAGUUCUUCGAGCAGGGACUAAAUAAUCUCCCAGAUCAAAAAGAAAAGGGUAAGAAGGAAGUUGCAAUAUCUAUCAAACCCCCACCACCACCUCCAUCCCCACUUUCACCGCCUAUUGGCUCCAUGGGUACUCCUCCAGGUUCGCCCUCAAACUUCAAUCUUGACCAUUCGUUGAGCCCCCAAUCAAACGAACCCCAUUCUGUUGAAAAACAGACUGCUCAAGACUUGCCAGAUGAUGAUUUUGGGGAUUUUCAAGCAGCAUAGUGUGUUAUGAAUGUUUUGCUUAAAACUCAAAACAGGUUCUCACUGAUCUCAUGUUUCUUAUGGGUUGGUAAAUAUGACAUUUCCUUUUUCUAUAUAUCAAUUAUUUUUUAAUCUUCUAUUUCUGUUUACCUAUGAAACACCCAUCACCUAAUUGUUUUGUUUGUUCCCUUGUAUGUUAUGCAGUGUGUUUGGCUUUGCUGUUGAGUUGAAUCAUUUGUUUCUGA